AUGUUCCUCGUCAAGCUCUUCUCAGCGGUGUUGUACUUAACUGCGCCGGUCAGGGCUUUGACCUCUUACGGAUUCAGCCCAGCAAACGGAAAACCCUUGCCCGACCUGUUCUAUGCUACGAUCGACGAUCUUCAACUCGGACUGGCACAAGGAACAUUUACUAGCGUUGAUCUCGUUAAGGCAUAUUUCGCACGUAUUGAGGAAGUGAACAAUAUCACUCAUGCGGUCAUUGAAACCAAUCCCGAUGCUCUUGCGAUUGCUGCCUCUCUUGACGCUGAGAGAGCGGACGGAAUCGUGCGUGGAAAAUUGCACGGCAUUCCUGUGCUGGUCAAGGACAACAUCGGAACACUGGACAAGAUGAACACGACUGCUGGUUCGUAUGCCUUUGUCGGCGCCAUAUUGCCCAGAGACUCCACUAUCGCGGCGAAAUUGAAAGCAGCGGGUGCUAUCCUCAUCGGGAAGGCCAACCUUUCGCAGUUCGCCAACUAUAGGUCCACGAACUCUACAAACGGUUGGACUUCUCGCGGGGGUCAGACGACGGCAGCAUAUUAUCCCUACUUGGAUCCGUCAGGCUCUAGCAGUGGCCCUGGAGUCUCGUGUUCAAUAGGUCUUGCUGCUGUUUGUAUUGGCACUGAGACGGAUGGCUCCAUCAUCUCGCCCAGCAGCCAGAACAGUCUGACUGGCAUCAAGCCUUCCGUCGGCUUAACAAGUCGUUACUUGGUAAUCCCAAUAUCGCAAACCCAGGACACCGUUGGUCCCAUGACGAGGACGAUGAUCGACGCUGCAUAUGUGCUCUCCGUUAUCGCUGGCCCUGACCCAAACGACAAUUAUACUUCCGCCAUUCCAUUCGAUACCAUCCCUGACUAUGCCGCCAACUGCAAUAUCAACGGCCUCCAGGGUGCCAAGAUCGGGAUACCGCGUAAUGCGAUCUCCGUGUACGCGACAGAGGGGCCCGAGGUAGCGGCUUUCAAUGCGUCGAUCCCCAUAUUCGAAGCGCUCGGUGCGACUGUCCUGGAGAACGCUGAUUUCCCCGAUCUGGAGGGGUUCCUGAACUUUAGCGGGUCCAGUUACGCUACUGAUCCAGUUGUAGGCGCGGACUUCGUCGUCGGCAUCGCGAACUACCUCAACGAACUUGUAUAUAACCCGCUGGAUAUCCACAACCUCACAGAGCUGGCAGCCUUCACAAUGAGCUAUCCGCUAGAGGAUUAUCCUGACCGCAACAUUGAUGUUUGGCAGCAAGACUUGGCGCUCAACGUCACACAGGGCGACGCCGCAUACUACACCGCGCUCUUGGAACAGUACUACUAUGGUUCCAACGCGACCAUCCUCGGCGCACUCGACAACUAUGAUCUCGACGCGUUAAUCAUCCCGAGCUCCUUUGCCCCGGGAUAUGCCGCCAUCGCGGGUUACCCAAUAGUCACCGUGCCGCUGAACUACUACCCUGGCAACACGACCGUCACCUGGAACUCGCGGUACACACUUGUCGAGUCUGCACCGAACGUGCCAUUUGGUAUCUCGAUCUACGGAAAGCGCUUCAGCGAGGCCAUGAUGGUGCAGUAUGCGUGUGCCUUCGAAGCUGCUACGAAUUAUCGCAAUCUGAAGCUUCCCUACUUGAUCCCGAACAUCCAGCUCAUCGAUGUCAUGUAA